GAGCGGGCCGCGGGGGAACGGGGGACGCGGCGUCCGUCCGCGGCGGCUGCGGCGACGAGAGGUCGGUGUGCUUGCGAGAGGCCGCGGGAGCCGACGGAAGCCGUGCGCUGUGUGGAGGACGAGCAGCGAGCCGGAGGACGGGUACUGGAAAUGGCUACUCCUCAGUCAGUUUUCAUCUUUGCAAUCUGCAUCUUAAUGAUAACAGAAAUAAUUCUGGCCUCAAAAAGCUACUAUGAUAUCUUAGGUGUGCCAAAAUCUGCUUCAGAACGUCAAAUCAAGAAAGCUUUUCACAAAUUGGCCAUGAAGUACCAUCCUGACAAAAAUAAGAACCCUGAUGCUGAAGCAAAAUUCAGAGAGAUUGCAGAAGCAUAUGAAACACUCUCGGAUGCUAAUAUGCGGAAAGAGUAUGAUUCACUUGGACACAGUACUUUUACUAAUGGUAAAGGACAAAGAAGUAGUGGAAGUCCUUUUGAGCAGUCAUUUAACUUCAACUUUGAUGACUUAUUUAAAGACUUUAAUUUUUUUGGUCAAAACCAAAACACUCGCUCUAAGAAGCACUUUGAAAGUCACUUCCAGACACAUCAGGAUGGCUCCAGUAGACAAAGGCAUCAUUUUCAGGAGUUUUCUUUUGGAGGUGGAUUGUUUGAUGAUAUGUUUGAAGAUAUGGAGAAAAUGUUUUCUUUUAAUGGCUUUGAUACCAACAACCGUCACACAGUACAGACUGAAAAUAGAUUUCAUGGAUCUAGCAAGCACUGCAGGACUGUCACUCAACGAAGAGGAAAUAUGGUUACUACAUAUACUGACUGUUCGGGACAAUAGUUUUUUUUUCUAUUCUCACUAAGCCCACCUAGUUAACUCCUCAGUGUGUUUGAUGCAAGACAAGUUUUCUGUGAACUAUUUUGACAAGUGCAUGAUUUCACUUACUUCACACAGCUUGAUACAGCUAUUACAUAUAUUUAAGUUGUUUUUAACAAAUUCAGCCAUAUUCUGCUAGUAGACAAAAAUCUAUUAUUUUUCCUAAUUAGGAAAGUUAUUUUUAAGAAAAAAUUUACAAGAUCUUUUUUUUUUCCCCUUUACUUACUCUUGGGCUUAUUAAUAUGGCAAUUUCUUACC